AUGGCGGUAUUGAGCGCAAAUCGCUUUCUCUUGUCAAAAGGUACGUGAUUGGUUUUAUUUUAGUAUAUUUUAGUAAACCUUAGUACAGUUAGGCAAUUUUACUGUGUUAAAUUAAGGAGUAUAUUAGAAGGCAUUUGUAUGUUCAACUGUACUUGCUGUGCGAAGCGAAAUAUAUUUUUGUAUGGUGCGAAACGCGUCACGCUUAUAUGCGAGAUUCUAAGCCAAUGUUGACCUUUUCGUUUAAUUUGCGCGACCUUUUGGACAGAUUUUACUUUACAUGUAGGAUCAUCUGGUAUUAAGUGUAAUAUAUAUUCUACCACAUUUGUGAGUUAAGAAUGAACGAAAACAACGCAUUAGGGGUCUGUACUAUACUAUCAGUAUGAUUGGAUCAAGCCUUUAACCUGACGCAAUUAAAAAUUACGAAAUCUGUGAUCAUUUAUACAAUUAGCCUGCGUUGCGCAUAUCAAAUGUAACUAUGUGGUUGAAAACGAAAUCUUAAAUUAAUACACUAUAUAUAAUGCCAAAUAUGAAGACGAUACGUAACCACUUAAUAUAAUAUGCUUUCUUUCUUUCUAUUAAAAAUAUGCUCUCUUUUGAAGAAAAUUUAUUCAUAACUUGUUUAAUAAUGUUUCAUAAAAAGUUACGAUUAUAUAUAUAUAUACUGUUGAAUAAUUUACAUCGUUUAUAUAAAUUUACGGUUUCAUUGUUCUGUAAGAUGUCAUUUGGAUUUUCAAAUUUCAACAGGGCAAUACAGAAAUCAAACUUCUUGGAGCUUGUGGUUUAGGUUGUCAGCAUAAAAAUUACGCAAAGACAAAAUGCUUUUCCCUGACAAGUAAAUCCAUCUGGCAAUACCCGGCAACAGUGUAUAAUUCGAAUGCCUGUUUCAAAUAAAAGGCGGGUAAAGGUAUACAAAAUUUGAAUCUAUUCACGCUUAAUUCUUGAGACCGUGGUAUUUGUAUACAGUAUUUUAAUAUUGCUUGAAACACGCAAUGUGUUCUUUCGUACAUAUUUGAAGUCAAGGGUAUAGCAAACCAAUAAAAAUGUGCUAGUAUUUACCAGUGCAUUGAUUUAAUAAAGCAAAUUAUCCUUCAAUUAUAUCAGCCCAAAGGCACAAUAGAAGAUUUUAUUGUCUACAAAAUGGCAAAUAGCCAAAAUAAAGCCUAAAGUUUAUGCUGCAUAUUUUUGAAGCCCGAUUACUACAUUCUGACAUUUUCUGGCGCGCUCAAGUGCUACUGCGCAUAUUGUGUAGAACUGCACCGGGUUGAAUCCGUAUUUAGGAAUUGACUCUGUUGUGAUUGUUACUUUUGAUAAAUGCGUGCAAGUUUCAAUGGCGCAAACUAUACCAGAUAUGACAAUAGUAGCGAAAUAUAUGAUAUAAAUCCUGUUUUAAUAAAUGUAUAGAUUCUCCAAAGUUCAACUCGUUCGUGGUCAACGCGCGCUUUCUUUGUGUUUAUGGUAUCAAUUAUUUGGGCAAUUAAAUUAAUAAAGAUCUAUUCAGCGUCAUCAAUUAUAAUUCGUCGAAUAGUCUAGCGAUAUUUUGGAAUUUUAAUCUGCCGUACGUUGCGCUUUUUUGAGAAAUUCGGAAUAACUUCACGGCCCCGACAAAUAUAUCAUUUGUGACGAAUUCACGCGCGACUUUCUGCGAAUGUCUACGCAAUCUGCGCAAGUUCCGUCAAAUGCCAAAAUUACGUCAGAACCGACAACAUUUAAAAGCACGAUCACUUGAGUUUGUUCGCAUUCUCUUGAAUGCAUGACCUUGGAACAUUUCAACACUGUCCUCUUACGAUUCCCGUCAACGCAAUAAUAUGCAGCGAUAUAAAAAUGUGGAUUUUAAAACGAGGAAUUUGAAGCUGGGUUCCGGAGUAAAGAUCCGUGCCCCCGAGAUUCAAAUUCAACAACUUUGAGGACAGUUUGUUUGAAGUGCCACAAAACAUUUCUCUAGUAUUAAAACACUUAUAAAACACUACCGAGUGCAGGUGUUAUAAUGAAUUCUUGCAAGUUUGUUUUUCUGUAUUUGAUAUAUGUUUCCGAUACAUGUACUUGAUCAAUAUCACAUGAGGGCAUAUCCUUGUUAUUGGACUGAUUUGAAUAAUGUGAAGCGCACGUAUGCAGUUUUCCAAAUGAUGUUGCAUAAAAGCAAAUAAAAUCAAGUAUUUGGUAGCCUGUUAUUAUGUUUCGUAAAUAAUUUGUUUGCACUGUAUAUAAAAAAGAAGUUUACAGUGACUUUACACACUUGACAAUUCUUUCAAAUGGCACAAUAAAAAAAUUCGCGUCGUGUUACGGUGUUACCUUUAAAUUGCAUCACAUGCAUAAUCCAAGCCACUUCUCAUAUCUCACACUUCACAUACUGAUUGAGAUAUUCUAUAUUUUCUCAUAUUUUUAUGCAUUUUUUAAUGCAUGUAUAAAAGGCCUACUCUGGGAUGAUGAGCCCCUAUAAACCUGUUGCUAUUUAAGACGAGUUUAGGCGAUUUGAGGUGAGUUUAGGCGAUACAAUGUGAGAGCUUAAAGGCCAUUUUCCAUUGCAGUAGUCACUUUGUAGUAUUUGCUCUGUAGUUGUCUAUCCUGUGCAUUUUUUGUCCGCCUGACUGCUCGCGGACACGCCAUGAAAGUGGAACUACAUUCAACAUUCUUGGCGUGCCCGCGCGACUGAUUUUUCACGUGAUUAAAGCCCGUUCUCCACUAGGCGAAUUUAUUCGCGCGAACAGAUAAAAAGUAGGAAGCGAUCCUACAUUUUCGCCGCGAAUUUUUUCGCCGACCAAUCACGUUGCCGGAUUUCGGUUUUCGCUUCGCGUCGCGCAAAUAAAUUCGCCUAGUGGAGAACGGGCUUAAAGUUGGUCGCUCCGCCCGCGCGGGCAAAGCGACGGCAAUGGAAAAUGGCCUUAAUAAGGCGGUGUAAAGCUUGUUUUGAUGUGAAACGACUUUCUCCUAAUUUGUCGCCGUCGCUUUUGCUGACGUGUAAGUGAUGCUAGACUUGCCACAAACCUGUUGGCUUGUGGCAAGUCUAAAGGGAUGCCGACAAAGGGAAAAGUCGCUUCGCGCGCACAAAUUCGCGUGGCGGAAAACAAGCUCAGGGCGAGUUAAUAUCCCAGAGCAAGCCUUUUAAAGACACACUAGCAGUGUCAGAUAUUUGUAAAUUCCCGUACAACCACAGUUUUAAACGGCUCUUAAAAAUGUCAAGAUCAACACUCCUUAGAAAACCUUUUCAUUCCAAAAACGCACAACACAUAUUGCUCAUGGUUAGCAGUACUCACGUAUUAAACUCGUUUCCAUGUUUGCAGCAUGGCAUGGCUAAAACUAGCGCAAUCUAGUAUAGUACACUAUCAAUAACAACGGUUUUGGGAACAAAUCUUCCUGGUAUUUACCCGCAUUUAUACACAGCCAGGAUCGUAGCCACCACCGUUUCCACAACACCGAGGUCCGAGGAAACGGGGGUUUUCAGGCUUUGCGUCAAAAUUAUUGCUAGAGUUUAUAGCGAGGUUGUUAUAGGGUUGUUAUUAUUAAGCUAGUUUCUUAGGUCUAGUAUCACUAGUAUUUGAGACCUUGAGAUUGACUUUUAUAGCAAACCGCUUAACCGCAAACAAGAAUAUCUGACACAACACGGCCGCCAAUGUUAAAAAUAUCUGGGGUUUUACCGAGUGUACUGUUAUUUUUUACAGUAAAUUACAGUCUAAUGGACUGUAUUUAAAAAGAAAUCUGUUAUUUGACAUGUGCCUGACAGUAAUAUUUUACAGUAAGUGAAUUGUAAAUUACGGUAAAAUGGACCGUUAUUUGACAUGUGUUUGACUGUAAUCUUUCACAUGCAGUAAGUACGCUGUGAUUGCAAAUUCUGGUGCAAUAGACUGUUUCGAAUUACAGUCUUUUUACUGUAUGAAUACAGACUUCAGUUCAGUAAAACAGUCUUUUGUGAAAUUACAGUAAAUUCUCUGGCGUCCCAUCUGCGAGUAGUUUUUACUGUAAAAGUACAGGAUUUUGUAGCAUUGUGCUCGGCAUAUAUUACAUAACAUCAAUUAUUUUUCACCCUGCUCGGUUUCCUUUGUUCUUAUCGGGGAAUAUAUUCAAUAUUCCACUCUAUUCAAUUUCCGUUUAAUAAUCCCCUCUAAUAUUCACCUGCAAUUAAUAAUCCCCUCUAAUAUUCACCUGCAAUGUCUUUGCAGCACAAAAAAUGAGAAAAAACAACAUCGCAAAAGCAAUAUGGCAUUGAAAAUGAUUUCUUUUCUGACUCAUUAACGCGACCUCGCAGUGUGAAAAAUAAGUACGUUAUUUUGAGGCACCCCUCGUUGCCUCAAAAUAACCUAUACUUAUAUUAUUUAGGUGCACCAACGACACAGCCGACAACACAAGCAACUACAGAACGCGCAAGACUUCAAGCCUGUCUCCUUUGUCCCGACCAAAAUGCCGAGUUAGUUUGUCCAAGCGGCAAAGUCCUAAAAAUACACCAUGCAGAUUAUGGUAGAAGGCACCAAUACAUCUGUGGUCUAGGGAGAACAACGAGUUGCUCGACGAAGCAAGCGACUAAGGCGAAAUUGAUUGAGAUUUGCGAAGGAAGGAGGGUGUGUUAUGUCGACACGAAGGAGGGGAGGUUUAUUGAUGCAUGCCCUGGGGAAAUAAAGUAUUUACAUGUCGUGUAUAAAUGUGUGAGAGGGGAGGAAAAUGCCAACGUUAACAGAGGUAGGUGUGGAUUGCGAUUAACCAUCUGGUAAUGACCAGCACCAACACCAUCAUCAUCACCAUCACCACCGAUAUCACCACCACCAUCUUCAUAAUACCACUACCACUGUCUCCAUAAUCGUCACCAUCAUCAUCACCACCAACACCGCAACCACCAUCCUCAUCACUGUCUGACUGUCAUCAGAUCACUAUCACCAUCGCAACCAUCAUCACCAUCCCCAUUACGAUCAUCAACACCACCAGAACUAUUUCCAAAGUAAAGAAACUUUAUCUUCAUUUAGUGCUAAUGGCUCCACCACCAGUCUUGCAACCAAAAUGUGGAAUAUCGAAAUCAACUCGAGUCACCGCGAGAGUGGUACAAGGAACACGAAGCGCACCGGGAAAAUGGCCUUGGCAGGUAGACAAAACUAACUUUAUUUACAUUUUUAUCUCUUAUUCAUCCAGUGUUAACUUAUUACUACAAAUGUUUCAACUCUUACUGAUCCAGUGUUACUACAGGAGAAAAACUAAACUAACUUUAUUUAUACUGGAUAGCUCCGUCAGUUAUAAACUAUUCUCCCUAAAGAUCCAGUAAGUGUCAACCCUUAAUGGUCAAGUUUUAGAAUAGUAGGAGACCGGAGCGAAUUUGGAAGAGUCAAAUUGGAGACACUCUUCUGAAAUGCUCUUCAGGCCAAAUAAUAACCAAUCUAUCUCUGCAUGAAUCGCAUAUUUAUACUGGGUUUCUAUUAUUCCAAGGUAUUAAUAUUAAAAGGUUAUAGAAACAAGAGAUUUAUAUGCGGUGGAACUCUGAUACAUCCAAGAUGGGUCCUGACUGCUGCUCACUGUAUUAGAACCAGGUAAGCUGCCAUCCAAUAGAAAUACACAGGGCAAGUAGAAAAUGAACAGAAGAAUAGAGAAGGAAGAUAACAAACAAUGCAAAACAAGGUGGAAACAUGAACGAGAGAAAGUUACAAGAUAAGCAGAAAAAAACUGAUGAACAAAGGAAAUUAAGGGGAGAAAGGAAAUUGUGUUAGCGGAAGGAAAAUAAUGAAAGAGAAGAUAUAUUAAGAAUGAAAUGAAGGAAUAGAAGACGCAACGAAAGCAACAACUAGAACGAAAUAAGGAAAACAUAUAUAAUGAAGAAGAAGAAAGGGAAUGAACAUAGACAGAUCUACAGCAGUGGCGUUAGCCAGCCCAACAAUUUGGUCAUGCUAUGCAAAUUUCAAAUCAUUAUCAUUAUUCAUUUCUUCAGAAAUGGAUUGUGUUCACCGUCUAUGGGCGCUUUCCAUUUAAUGGCCUGACCGGUCAGACCCGAAUUAUUUUCUCAGUAUCAAUGGAAAGAUCUGGUAUAUGUUUCUGAAAUAGCUAGCAAAAAUGGACCUCAUUCUAAUAUUAUCUAAAUUUUCCGGUCGGAUAGGUCCGAAGACCAAACGUUUUGUAUUCCAUUCAACAAUUUGAUCGUUCUGACCGGUCUGGCCGUAUUAAUGGAAAGCUCCCUAUGAAUUCGGAAAUAUUUGCAUAGCAUGACCAAAUUGUCGGACUGGCUACGCCACUGAUCUACAGGAGGCGUAUAUACACCACCUUUCACUUCCUCCUGCCCGCCAAGAAAAUCCACAUGAAUGAGGGAAUAACCAAAUGUUCAUAUUUAUGGCAGAAAAAUCUGCAUUUCGUCUACCAGACGAUUAUGGAUAGAAGAGUGAGGUCAGAUGAGAAGCAUAGAGGGAAGUGGGGGGGGGAUUAAAAAGGAACGAGGAGUGAAUGAAGAAAAGAAAGAAUGAGUGGAACGAUGGAUUGGCAGGAAAGAAUAGUAUAAAGGAGAAAUAGAAUCGAAUAGAAGGAAAAAAAGAAAAGAAAGGAAAGGGAGGGAAGAUGGAUUGAUAGGAAAGAAUGGAAGAAAGGAAGGAAAUAAAAAGAAAUCGAACGAAAGGAAGAGAAGAUGGAAUGAUAAGAAGGAAUGGGAACGACUGAAAAGAUGGAUUGAAAAAAGGAAAAGAUGGAGUGAAUGAAGAAAGGCAAGAAAGAAUGAAAUGAUAGAUUGACAGGAGAGAAAAGAAUGGGAGGAAAUAAAAAGAAAACAAAGGAAGGAAGAAAGAGGAGAUAGAGAAGGAAGAUUAAGAGGUAAUAUACGAUAUAACUGACAGAAAACAAACCAAAACUAACAAUGGUCAAAUAUUCAAAUAUUUCAGAAAGAGGAACUACUACACAGCACGUCUUGGAGAUUUUGAUCGACUCUUGAAUGAAACACACGAGCACGAUAUUUUGGUCAAGAGAGCAAUGCGUCAUCCACUCUAUUUCACACCGUACCCGCUCAACAACGAUAUCGCAUUGUUAGAACUGGGAAAACCUGCCACGUUCAACGACAGAGUGGGAACUGCUUGUCUACCAGACUUAAAUUACGAGCUACCUGUCAAUGAUCCUGACGUAAGGUGCUAUAUCACAGGUUAGUGACUCAAGUUCAGAAACAGAAGCUUGCUAUUUGAAUGUUCUUUCACAUUCUCAAUUAAGAGUAGUGUUGGUUCUCAUUAAUACUAAAUCCAAUAACUCUUAUUCGAGCAGUUCAGUUGUGUACGGUUUUGAGAAUUAGUUGGUGCUCAACCAAUUGGCAUAUGUGAUAUGUUUAUUCACAAUUAAUGUAAAUAUUGAAACGGGGGAGUGCCUCACAUGGACCUGUUCGCACUCUUACCGCUUGGACAUGGUCCACGUUCGAUGUAGCCACUUUAAGAUUUCAAGGUAAUUUGCAAACACGGAAAAGGAAUGAAACUGACUCGUCCCCAGCUUACCCCGCGCUGAAUUAUGGGAAUUUAGUUACAGCAUUCCCAUGAGCCUUUGCGUCCCAUUGUUUCAACCCGCAAGCGCCUUCCUUUUCGAUGCAAAUUUGAGGGACUGUGGAAGAGUCAGAGAAUGGAACCGGCCGACUGGGAAUGACCCAUAGAUAUCUUAUAUACACUAGAUAGUGCAUCUAAUUAUUAUGCAAUUCAAAAAUUGAAGCCGUGAUUGCCGGCGCAGGAUAUUCCCAUGAAAUGAGAAGAUUCGUAUGUUUUCUAUUUCUUAAACAGGCAGCUUAAUUACUUAAACAUUAAGUUAAACCUAUUCCAAAUACAUUUUUAAACUAUUCAAAUGAUGAAAGUUAUUGUUGUUUUUUUAAGCGUUUAUUAGCGAGUGGGAACUACCAACAUGGCCGCCAUCUAUUCAAUGGGGGUAACCGCUGGAAUAUUCUUGGCUUCAAUUUUACUAAAAGAGAUGCGCUAUCUACACGCGUAAAAAUUGAGAAAAUCAACAACUUGUUCCAGGUUGAUAUCAGCUGGCGUGAACAAGGUUGUGCGGCCGACUAUGAACAGUAUUGUCAACAUGUUGUUACAGCAUUGUUCAACUGUAACAACUUGGAACAACAUGGUUGACAACUUGUUCAUAGUUGGCCGCACAACAUUGUUCACGCCUGUCGAUAUCAACUUGCAACAACCUGUGCGUUUUUAGCCGUGUAGUGUAUAUAAGAUAUCUAUGGAAUGACCUACCCUGGUUCAAGGCGCUGUAAAACACGUGUGUGGCUCUUUGCGCCUCUGAAACCACGGUAGGUAUGACCAUAUAAAUUAUAAAGUUCAAAAUAAAAAUAUGAAAAGCAACAUGGGAGAAUAAUGGAUUGCCAAUGACAGCGGCAGCAUUGGCAAUCCAUUAUUCAGGGAAGACAUUUAACAGCAUUAUUUACAACACAUAAGUGAAAAUGGAGAGUUGUUUAUAAUUUUGGGUAAAUAACGCACUUUUCUGUUACCAGGUUGGGGAAAACGUCGCUAUAAAGGUUAUAUGUCUGAGAUGUUGCGGCAAGUUGAAAUUCCUCCUGUUGACAGAAAGAAAUGCGCCGUCCGCCUUGCGAAAUCUCCAGGUAACUCCGCUUUUGAAGAACAACAGAAAUAAAAUAAUAAAUUGAUCUAAUUAGGAACAACUCUUAAAAUUGUAAUGCAAGUUCUCUGAUAUAUUUCAACACAAGCAGGGGCGAAGCCACGGUUUUUUAGGACCAAUUUUCUAAUUCUUCCGAAGAGAAACUGGGAAGGGGGCUACGUCGUGAUGCUUUCAUCUAAGAUAUAAAAUAUACCAACUCUGUGGAUUUCGCAGACCCAAAAAUAGAAAACGUUUCCGGGGGACCACGCCCCCGGUCAGUCUGACCCCCAUUACUUUGGGGCUGGCUAUGCCUCUGGACACAGUCCAACCUUCUUAACAUGGGCAGCUGGGCAGCGAAGGGACCGAGGUCCAUUUUAAAACUCCACUAAAAGUUUCAGUGCUUAGUAACCAAAGAUAGGCCCACAGUUACAAACUAUCAUUCUCUCAUCACCUGACGUUAUUUUUACAGAAUAUGUGUGACAGUUUUGUUGGGCUCGUAGGACACUGUCCGUAUUAGAGAUGUUAGGUAAUUCUAAUCAAAAUAGACCACUAACAACAAAUUUUAUCUCAAUUCUCAGGCGGUUCAAAUCGUAAAAUCACGAAACAGAUGCUCUGCGGUGGUGACGACAAUACUGGUGUCAGCGCCUGUCAAGGGGAUAGCGGGGGACCUUAUGUAUGCAGGAAUACACAAGGGUACUGGGAGGUACACGGAGUGAUCAGCUGGGGAUCACCCAUAUGUUCCCUCAAACAACGCUUCACAGUGUUCGCACAAGUGAGCAAGUUUCGUAAAUGGAUAGAUAAGUAUUUAAAUAGAACACCUAACACAAGAUAGACGCUCAGAGAUUUUUUGUUGUAGAUAGAUGUCGGCUUUGUGAGACUGUUGACAAUAACUACGGGCCCAUUUCCAUAUUAACAACCUCUAUUUCAAUACACACAUAAUCCCAAUCCGAAAUGUAAUCCUUGCCAUAAUCCUAAAUCCCAUAAUCCUCAUCCUUGUGACGUCAGGAUAGUAAUAUACGGAAAUUUUCCCAUAACCACUGAACUGCUCAUAAAACUGGAUUGUGUCGGAGCUCAACCAGUAAUAUAUGGAAAUUUUCCCAUAACCACUGAACUGCUGACAAAACUGGAUUGAGCAUGUGCUAUGUUGGAGCUCAGCCAUUAGGAACUUUUGUACGAUAUUACGGCAGAAAUUUAUGUCUUGAGAUACUAGUUACAUGACAAAAUAAUGAAGUAUAUUGAAGUUUGAAGAAAUCCCUAAAAGAAAUAGAGCCGUUUUCACCCUACAUUUUGGACCUUUAGUAAUGGCAUUGCCUAACGUUUAACUGGCUACGAACAAUGACGUGCGCUAUCCAGUAUAGUUUAAGAUCAUUGGCCGAUUCGAAAAUUAGUCGCCACAAUUUUGCAUCAUUUCAUAUCUGAUGCAUUUUUUCAGCAGAGACUGUUAUUUAACGCAAAAUGUGAAUUGUCUAAGAUUGAAAACAUAUAUACAAGCGAAAUGAUAGCCCUUUGAAAUGUACAAAAUAACCACCAAAACGAGUAAAACCCCGGUAAAUCAGCAAAUUCAAGGACUAAAAACUGAAGAAAAGGGGUUAGAAAUCAGUAAAAUCUGACGUUGAAUUUUUCAAAACUCAACUUUAAUGAGUUUCAAACAGCUUUGUCAGAUAUGAACAUGCAAAAUCAAUUCAACAAAAUGUCUGUUUUGAAUGUCAAAUAAUUUCAGCCAAAUAUCCACUGAUAUUAAGGACUUUCAAGUACUUCUUUACAAAUUCAAGGACAUUCAAGACCUUGAAUUUUUGUUUUCAAAUUCAAGGACAUUCAAAGACAAGUUUUGUACGAACCCAAAAUAUGGUAAAGUUGUAAAAUUAACAAACAAUAUAAUAAUAUAAGGAUUAUUCAGGAAAAUCUUAAAUCGCGGUACCGUUACGCUUUUGAGUUGUGCUCCUGCUGGUUCUAAGUUAUAUUUAUGAAAAUAUCAUUUUUAUACAGUAAAAUAGUUGUUCUAAAAAAUUAUGUUCGGAAUUUUUUGUUUAUUUCGUCAUUCCGCUGAUAUGGCGAUUUCUUUGACGACUGCAAUGUAUUUCUGAAUUGUUUGAGUGAAUUGCUCUUUAUUAUUAAAAUAUCCAAAAUUAAAAAAAAGCCGAACAUGAUUUUGAAACUGAUGUCUUUAGCUAUGUCCUGUGAAAAUUUGAGAAAAAUUGGUCAAAACCCGCAGGAGCACAACUCGUUUGAAAAUCAGUAAUUACCGUAAAAUUCUUCGGGAGAAAAUUGAAUUUGAAUAUUACAUUUUCAAUGUUUUUCUUAUUGCAGCGAAAUGUAUUUUAUUAAAUUAAAUAACUCUGCGAGUUUUCAAAAUUUUUCGUUCAAACUUGGUCAGAUAGUAGAACCAUGGAUAAUAAAAUUUAUUAUCCAUGGUAGAACUAGUCUAAUGCUUUCAUGGAAACCAAUAAAAAAAAUUUUAAGGCAAAAUUAACACUCAAAGGUGUUCUGUAACCUUAAGGAGAAUAUAUGGUAUUAUAUUUAUACUUUAUAAAACUGUUAAUCUUGAAGUAUUGACUAUUGUAUAAGGUGGUAGUGACUACCUUGAUUGAAAUUAAUUUCGGGAGAAAAAAAACACGACAUUUUUCGAAUCGGUCUACACAGAGUCGUAUAAAAGAUAUGCUAUAUUCUGUAAAAUAAUAAUUUAAAUUAAAUUAUACUAUAUAUAUAUAUAAAGAGCAAAGUUUAAGGUUUUUGCUGUGCAAAUUUUGUACUACAUGAAGUACCAACUAUAACCUUACUAAUAUUUAACAACCAUUUAACAAAAUAUAACAGAAAUUAGUUUUUGAAGUAAAAUUGAGUAAACAUUUAUUGAUAAUAGAUUAAUCAUAUAUAAUAGUUUUACAACUUAUUUAUUUCAUCUAUUGUUUAUUUCAUCUAUUGUUUGUUAAAUAAAUAAAAAAAACAUUUCUUAAUAACGUUUUUGCGUUUGGAUAUUAACGUAUCUCAAACCGCAAAGUUGCAUGGUCAAUGUCACCCAUAAAUUCACAUUUUAAUGUAACGUUUUAGUGCUCUUGAAAACUGUUCAAAACCAAUUUCCAGAUUCUAUAAAAGCGUCCCCAAUAAAGCUCUGAUUCCCCAGCCUUGUACCCAGGCGUUUAAUAAGGAAAAUCGCGCUAAGCACUUCAGUGUUAUAUAUAGAUCAAUGAUUAAGCCGAGCUCGUCAACUUCACUGAGCUCUCUCUAUAUAUGUAUGUCGGGAGCGAGAACUCGAGUCCAAAAGGCAAAAAAAGGCUAGUCUUUGAAAUUCAAAUUAGUCAUAAUUACAGUGAUCUCAUUGUUCUAAACUGCGUAGAGUUAAUAGAUAGCUUAAGAUCUACGACGUCGACGUCAGCUAGGACGUCAGGGCUAAGCAGAGGACUGGGACUACAUUAGGACGACAUCCUAGUCCCAGUCUUCUGCAUAACCCUGACGUCGUAGAUCUUAAGCUAUCUAAUGAUACGUGACAAAAACAUGUCUUAUUUACAAAAGAGAUCAAUUAUAACUUCAUUUUAAUGCUGCUUGUACUGUACAGGGUAUUUCAUUGAGUUGUUCGUGCAUGUCCCAUAAGUAGAAAUUCUUUUGUUUUACGGCUCGCUAAUUGAUUAGCAGUAAUUAUAAAUUCAAUACAAUAUGACUAAUUUGAAUUUCAAAGACUAGCCUUUUUUGAGACACCCUGUAUACAGUAUAACACUGAAGUGCUUAGUGAGAUUUGCUAAUAUUCAAGAUCUUUUGGUCACCUUUGUGACCUUUUGUGUCCUUGAUGUUCCGCAAGAAAAUGUGUGCCCCUUAGAUUGGUAUAGCUAUAUGCGCCAAGAACAAGUACAAAAUUGUCCUAUAAGUAAUUAUGUAAUGUAAGUUUUUUGUGGGACUUAAUUAGGGAUUCUCCUUACCCGAUGUAGUGUACUGUUUCAACUUUUGUUCUUUGGUAUAUAGUUGUCACAUUUAGUUACAAAUUUUUUGAUAUUGCUAAAAUACGUAGUUAUACACGGCCCUUUGAAAAGCAACUCUUUAUUUACUAUUGACAGGCCACCGUACAUAAAGAUUUUAAAAUAAAUUAAAAAAAAAACAUUCUGGAUUGUCCCUUAGUCAUGUUGUCGAAUUUCAUUCUAGUCACGGCUAAUCCUCGACCCUGCCCAAACACAAUCCAACCACAGAACACGCAUAUCUUUCAACAGGCAAUAAAGAUCGUUUGUCAUAGCCAAGAUAUUUGAUCGUUUCAUAUUGUUGUCUUUCAAAACCUUCAAAUAAUUGCUGUGUUGACAUUUUAGUGGUUUAGCAUUAUGAGCCCUGCUUAUGAUCGUGAGCAAACAAACAGGAAACAGCUGAGGCGAGGUUAACAAGCCUGACACCAGGACAUAAAUUGAUCGAGCGCAUUUGCCAUUUGUGCGUCAGAGAAGAGCGCUUUGGUUUUGAACAAAGCCUAAAUUCAAAGCUAAACGUUUAACCCUGUUAACAGUCAGACGCAUUGAAGCAUUUAACAGGAAAGCAAAGGUUCGCUGUAUAAUUCAUUUCAGAGAGGAAGGCACACGGACAGAAAAGGUCAUAGCACCCGCUGGCCAAGGACACGGGAAUUCACACAGUGACCAUCCCGAGUGUUUCAAGAUUUUAUGCUGUUGAACUGUUGAAGUCAAAUAAGACACGGUUGCUUGCCAGAGACUGAGCAGGGAUGAAAGGCUGUCAGUACGUUAUUUACUUGCUCAUACUUGGCACAGUAUCUUGUCAUGAAAAUCAAACUACCAUCGCAGGUAAGUUAUUACAAAAUCUAGAUGAUUCUAGGAGUUGAGAUGCACUGUCUGCGGGUAUAGAUAAUUCGCUUAUAUGAAAACAAUCAGAAUAUUCUGGUUUGAUUUCUUAAAAGGCGCUUUCAAUAAACUAUAAGUUUGGGUUAGUAUAUUCCACUCUGAUUAUAUGUGAAUGUUCUUCCGAUAUUGCGCUAGUGACUCCUCUAUUUCAGUGGUUUUCGCGUCAGAAUUUAAUCGACUAUAGUAUCUGCACAAAUUGGUUUAAUCAGUAAGAUAUUGUCUUUCUAUAAUUACUUCAAAACAUCAUUAAUAAUUCAUAAGCUUCAGUUCGGUAUUGGCAAAUCAUGGGAACCAUAAAAUAUCACGUGAAGAGGUUUUAUACCUUGAUAAAACUCAUCUUCAUUAGUAUUCUUUAUAUAAAAGUCCAUCCUAAUUAGCAUUCUUUAUAUAAAGAAUACUAAUGAGACGGCAUCUAUUGUAGUCGUUUUUGAAGCUAUUCAAAACACUUCUUGUUGUGUUUUAUCAUAUCUAAAAUGCUCGUGCUUCCUACGCGUGUUUUAAAUAGUACAUAUAAUAACACUUCUGUUAAUUCAUUAAAAUUCAGUACAAUAUUUGUACAUAUAUUUACUUUUCCAAUUUCUUAAAAAAUUACAACAUUGUCUACUGCAGCUGUACGCGAGCUUGAUAGGACUAUUCCCAGCGUGGCUCAACAGGAAUAUCUAUUUAUACUGAUAACGAGCCAGGCUUAGGGAUUAAAAAAUUUGAUAAAAAUCCAAACUAUAAUAAGAUUAGCUAUCUAUAUCGUUCAGCAACUGACCCGAUGUCUUUGAAAAAUCUAAAAUCGUACAUUUUACCUCAUCUGCAUAUAAAGCGCUACAGUUUUGAAUAACCAAACAUUUUAUAUAACUGUAUAAACUGCCAAAUUGUGCUUUGAUCUUUAGAAAACCUUCAGUAACCCUCGUCACAUGGACCACAUGGGGGAUAUUUAUAAUGCAAUUUAUGUUUUAGAUUAGUGUCGUUGCCACAUGUUUUAAACGGAUGUUAUUGAACUGACAAGCAGUUCGGGAAAAGCUAUGAACUCCAUUUUUUCUAAUAAUAACAAGUGUCUAUAUAUUACCAGAACAUUUACGUUGUCAUUGACAUUGUGUUAAACUUUGGGUCAUGUUCGCAAAUUUGCCAAACCAUUGUUUAAUUAAUUCACCUUGAAUCUUGACUGAUCUUGACCUCAAAAAUUGACGAACGGAUAAAAUUACUGGAAACAUUAUACAUCAAAAUACCACACAGUUGAUUAGUAAGCAUUUUUCAUGUGGGAAAAUUACAAAACGAAACAUUUUAAUUAAAUUUUUAAUCAAGUUCAGCAUUCGUAUACUUAAUUUGUUACUUUCAUUAAAAUUGGUAAUUUUAAUUUAAGCCCUGGGCAAACUAGGAAACAUUGCUGUGGAAACAUUUGUGAUUCUCGAUGUUUCCUCAAAUGUUUCCCUGUUUGUCCACCCGUGGAAGCAUUGUUGCGGAAACAAAAUUUGCUUCCCAAGAAGCAAAAUGUUUCCUACCAAAUUCAGAAACAUUUGAUGUUUCCCUAUGUUUCUCACUAAUGUUUCCUAGUGUUUGCCCACUCUUGGAAACAUGGCGAAACAUUGGUAGGAAACAAUGUUUCCCAGUUUGCCCAGGGCUUUACUAAUACACCUUACAGCAAACGAGAAACGAACAAAAUUGAUUAUGUUUAUGAUGCAGAGAACGUUUACAGUGCCUGUUACAAAUAGGAAAAGAUUUUCAAAGUCUUAUUAUGCCGCGUUAUAGUACAAAUAUAGCAGACGUUCUUAUAAUUAUUUAACUUACAAAUUUUUAGCAAAAUAGGAGUAUAAUUCUAAAAUAGGUUUUAAGAAUAAUGGAGCAAUUAGUCGCUGAAGACAAGGUAAUUACAAGCUUAGAUUCAUUAAGCCAAAGGCGAAGUGAAAUAUAGGUAUAGAUAAUAGACUAUAGGCUUGCAAUCACCGAGGCUGAGAAAGCUUGUAAUCACCGAGGCUGAAAAAGAUUUUUUAUAAAUACUUCAAACACUCAUUAAUAAUUCAUAAGCUUAUUGGCAAAUCAUGUCAACCAUAAUAUGUCACGUGUAGCGGCUUUAAACCUGAUAAAACACUCCUAAUUAGUAUUCUUUAUAUAAAGAAUACUAAUAAGGCAGUAUUUCUAUUGAAUUUGUAGUCGUGUUUGAACUUUGAAGCCGUUUAAUAAACUCGCAGGUCGUGUUUUAUUAGGUCUAAAGCCGCUCGUGGCUUAAAACCCUAAUAAAACACUCCUGCACGUUUAUUAAACAGUACAACUAAUACACGUGUAUAUUUUAUGAAUAUAAUUUGCUUAAAUAUAAUUUACUCCCGUCUGAGUAGUAUAUACCUCAGAGUUACUGCUAAUGAGGGAGCCAAUCAGAAUGCUGAAAGGCCAUUUUUCAAUACUGAAAUUAUACUAAUUACACAUAGGCAUAGCGCAUAUUGUAAGAGUUACGCAUUUCAAUUUUAUCGCUGCAAAUUAUGUUAAUAAACCUGUCUAUCUUUCCAAAUCAUCUUAUAUAACUUCGUGUUGGCAGAUUGCCAGAUUUAAAAAAUUCCGAAUAUAAUCUCGAUUAAAAUGUUCUCAUGGGCAAAGUAAGAAGCUAUGUUUAACGUACGUAAAUUCGUAGAAUAUUUCCUGUUUAUAGGAGAUCUCAACCAAUGUGGGCAAUCAAAUCCUAGCGGUGUUCAGAAGAGAGUAGUAAGUGGUCACACAGCCCUCCCUGGAGCUUGGCCAUGGCAGGUAAUGGCACAGAAUACUAUAACCCCCCUGGACGUGUGCCCAUUUUGAAUAUUUCCAGGGGGUGACUGCUUCUGUUUAUGGUACUUGCUGAGUGACGAAUCAUGACGAAUAGCGCUUACGCAAAAAACAAUAAAGAUGGACUUCAUUAUAGUAUUCUGUGGUAAUGGUCUCUCGCGCAGGCAAAAAUAAGCCUUGAUUUCUCAGCGAGAUUUUAAGAACGCUUGCGGAAUCUGUGUAGCUCUGCGGGGCGAGGUGACACUGCGGGGAGGGGGGUGACUACCUCACGGGUGUUCCUUACUUCCUUGUGGGUGUGACGUCACCUUGAUCUACAAAUUGGCUGAAAGUUGAUAUCUUUUAUAUUUUAUCUAAAACUCUGUGAUUUGAUUUUAAGUCGUUUGCAAUGCAACUAUGACCAGUUUCUAGAGAAUUCCGUGACAACGUUUCGCAGAAGUUAGCUAGGGCCUUCGCUCGCGUCGAAGUUCUCGUUACACUUUUCAGUGAGCUUGAUCCUAGAUUAUUUGCGCACGGCUCUAGUUAGUUCAGCAAGCUGCAGCAAUAUGCCGUGAUCCGUCCGAUUUUAUUGUUUCAUUCCAUUCGUCAAGGAAAGAGUCUUGCAACACGGAUGUCACUGGAAAGUUGGUAUAACUAAUUUUGGAACAAAGACGUAUAACCAUGGGUGACAAUAUAUGGAGUAAAAAAAAACAGUCGUGCAUGUAUGUUAGCGCAUUAGAUGCAUUUAAGUAGCAUGAAGCGACAAGGCGCGUUUACUUUGUCUAGUACCAGAUUAUUCUAUUCAUCAAGUGGAGACUCUUACGUUUUAGUUGUUUAAUCAAACUAUCAUCCCACUGUCACAGUGACUUGGCAACAGAGGACCCUUGUACGACCCCACUUGUGGGAGAUAGUUGCCGUCAUUCCUAUUUAAAGCAUCAUGAUGCGUCACUCUUCCAACAUGCCCGUCGCGAAACAUGUCUGGUUGACAUUGAAAAUAAACGCGCUUUCUCAAAUAACAAUUGCAAUAUUUCUUAAAAUAUAUUUCAUGUUAAAUGAACACGAAGUUUUCUAUAUAGUUUCUGCUUGUAUUUAUUUAUUUGUAUUUAUGAAUUUGUAUUUCAAGACCUCGUUCCCCAUAUGCCAUAUGGGGAACGAAGUCUUGAAAUACAAAUUCAUAUUUUUAUUUUAAUUCAUAGCUAUAUUUUAAAAGCAUGCUUAAAAUUUGUUGCUUUUUAUAUACUAUGAGUAUUUUUUAUACAAUUUUUUUAACUGUUAUAGUUUUUAUCGCAGAUAAUCUUUGUAUAUUUAUACAAAGGAUUCGCACUUAAAGACAGCUACAGUACACCCAUGCUCUUAAGAAGCAUUUAUGUUUCAACUCGGUUGAAAGUUUACUUCUAUCAUUUCUAUGUCACACACAAAGUCAGCACACAACGGCAAAAACUCACCAAACCAUGAAUCAUGAUAAUCUUUUCUUUUUCUACACCAGGCGUUGUUGCUCUACGGCUAUGGACGAACAUUUCUGUGUUCUGGCGCACUCAUCCAUCCAUCCUGGGUGCUUACGGCGGCUCAUUGCAUCAGGAAUAGGUAGGAAUCAUAUCUAGGAUUAAAACAGAAUAUAAAAGCAUUAAUAUGUAUUCAUUAUUAUACUAAUUCUUUUCAACUAAACUAACUUUAUCUAGACUGGAUGACUCAACUCUAUCAGUUCUGAACUGUUCUUCCUAGAGGUCCAGUAAGGAUCAUCUCUUAUUUGAUCCACUGUUACUGCAGGAGGAAACCUAAACUAAACUAACUUUAUUUAUACUGGAUAGCUCUAUCAGUUCUAAACUGUUCUCCCUAUAGAGGUCCAAUAAGAGUCAUCUCUUAUUGAUCCAGUGUUACUACAGGAGGAAACCUAAACUAAACUAACUUUAUUUAUACUGGAUAAUAGCUCUAUCAGUUCUAAACUGUUCUUCUUAGAGGUCCAGUAAGGAUCAUCUCUUAUUGAUCCAGUGUUACUACAGGAGAAAACAUAAACUAAAGUAACUUUAUUUAAUAUACUGGAUAUUUCUAUCAGUUCUAAACUGUUCUUCCUAGAGGUCCAGUAAGGAUAAUCUCUUAUUGAUCCAGUGUUACUACAGGAGGAAACCCAGACGAAACUAUCGGCAGUUCUUAACUGUUCGCGCUGGAGGUUUAGUGCAGGACAUCUCUUAUCAAACAGUGAAAUUAUAAUCAGAACAACGGCAUAUUGCAGGGAUGGGAUCUACAAUCCUGGACAAAACAUCUGCGACACUUCCAAUUAUACUUGACAAAAUAUCGUAAUGUUAUCAUAAAUUUAGAAAACCUCCCCCUUUCCCCCACCAUUCAAUGUUGAUUGGAUUCGUAGAAUACGGAUAAAACGUCCAACAUUGUUUUGGGGGGCGGAGGGGGGCAAACGAGUAAAUUAUUCCGGUCUAACUGGUAAAAAAAGCCACAAAGGAAUGUUUUAAUAGAGUGUCGCAGAUGGUUUUGUCCAGGAUUGUAGGUCACAGACUGAGGUGAAUGCACAAAUAUCAUAGAUCGAUUGGUUAUCAAACUUUAGUUGGUGAAAAAACUUAGUAUUCUUUAACUUUAAUCGGCCGCAGGUCACCCAGAAUGUACACAAUUCGCUUGGGAGAUUUUGAUCGGCUGAGAUACGAAGGUCGCGAACAAACAAUUCGAGUGGAAAGAAUCUUCUCUCACCCCGACCACGACCAACCAGUCAACAGAAAUAACGACCUGGCUUUAAUCAAGCUCAAGACACCGGCUACAUUGAACAAAUGGGUGGGAACGGUGUGCUUGCCAACUGCUGCUGAUUACUUACAUAAAAAUUUACGCUGUUAUGCUACCGGUAAGCGAGGGUAAUCGAUCAAUAAUCGAUCAAUAAUCGAUCAAUAAUCAACAAAUAAUUACGCAUACACAGGGUAUACCUUUUUAAAUUUUUCUAUUGCAAUAAUUUGAAUGCCUGAGCAUUAUGUUGAACCCAGGAAAGCGUAAAAUACAGGGUGUAUUGAGACCUGCAUAAAUAACUCUAUAGAGCAUUUGCACAUGACGUCACAGCCGCUGGUGUUCCAAUUCAAAAGAAUUUUAAUUAGGGGCGGACCAUUAAAAAAGUGAUGGGGGAGGGCGGUGGGACUUUUCCAACUUGUACGAAUAUUUUUAAAAAAAUUUUGCUUGUGUUGCUAAUUUUUUUAAAUAUAAUCCCUUGCACGAAUUUUUUUUUAUUUCAAAUUAUAAUUUUCCCUAUUGAAAAGUCUCUGCACGAAUUUAUUUUUUCAAACUUUUUCGGUGCACGAAUUUUUUUCUUUCUGUUUCCCCUGCGUGAUUUUUAUUUUUGCUCCCCCCCCCCCAAUUACUUUUCUAAUGGUCCACCCCUUAGAUUCUUUUGUCUGGAACAGCAACAUGGCCGCCAUGGCUUUUGUUGAGUUGGUCUCUGGGGAAUGAGUGUAAACUCUCUACUCUUGAUAAGUACAAGAUUCUCUACUCCUGGAAAUUUCAAAUAGCUUCUGAUCGUAUGAAGGAGCAUACCGUAUUUACUCGUUUGAGCGCUCUUUAAUUUUUCAGAGCUUCAGAUGCGGCGCUCAUUCAGGGGGGGGGGGCGCUCUUUAAAAAAAUCUUUUAUUUGUGAAUUAUAACAAGAACUUUUAACAAUUAAAAAGACAAGUUGGAAAUGUCUUUGUCACUAUAAGUCCCCAUUUGGACGGCGGAAAGUUUUUACACUGUUUACAAGUUUACAAAAUAUCAAUGUCACUGUCCUCUUCAUGAUCCGAGUCCAACUGCUGCAUUGUAACCAUUGUUGGAUAUGCCUCCUCGACAUCAGACGACGUAAAUUCGUUGCAUUGAAAGGGUUCGAUUAAGCGCCGCAUUUGAAAAUAAUUAGUGCGGCGCUCAUUCGGGGGCGGCGCUCUUUAAAAAAAAUUGAUCUCAAAUGCGGCGCUCAUUCGGGGGCAACGCUAAAUCGAGUAAAUACGGUAACUGCAUCAAAAUGAUCAAUUACUAACUAGAAGUUACUAUCGCAAGGCAAGUGCUGUCUUACGACCAAAGCCCUGCGGAUUGAUUUAUACACACUGUAUGAAUGAAUUUAUUUUGUUCAAAAAAGUAUCGAAAUUAUCUACAAUAUGCAAUAAUUACUAGAUACUGUAAAGUGUACAUCGGAAUUUUAUAUAAACACAAUGUCAUGUUAUUUUUGGUGCCAUAUAAACUGACUUUAAAUGUCAAUAAAAAUCAUUACUUAGUCAGCACAAUUAGUCAUAUGUUGGAUGAAACCAAAUUAAAGUUUCAAAUAACUUCGUGAUGCAUAAAAAUCACUUCUAUUCUAUUUUACACACGCGUCGGUUCAGCACAGUAAUAUGGCAUUCAAAUUCCAACAAAGGCUUGAUUUCAAAAGGUAUACUUUUUUCCCGGGACACCCUGUAUGUAUUGCUCUUGUGUUUGGUGACAAAUACAUGCAAAGUCUAGAUCAAACCGAUGAAAGUUGACAGUCUGUCAUGUAUUGUUACAGGGGAUAUUUUUAAUUUGCAUUUGUUUAAAAGGUUUCAUCAUUACCUUUAACCAGGUUGGGGGUUAACCAAGGCUACCAGGCGAGGUUACACGUACUCCAGGAAACUACAACAAGCACAUAUUCCUCUCGUAACCAAGUACAAAUGUCGACUGCGAGCGAACCGAUAUAGAUACUGGCAUUCAAGUAAGUGCAAAGAAUACUUGGAAAAAAAGUACUAUGGAUAAUAGAGGGACUGUUGCCCUAACGUGAGAAAGGCCCCCACGUAACUUGGGAGGGGGGUUCUGAACUUGACAAAAUGAGUCAACUUGGCAUUAGGUGAACAGUGAGAUUUUCAAAACAAUGAAAAGAAAAUGGAACAUUCUGAUCACUGGAUCAUGACUGGAUGGCAUGGAGAACAGUGGGAUUUUCAAAACAAUGAAAAGACAAUAGAACAUUCCGAUCACUGGAUCAUGACUGGAUGGCAUGGAGGACAGCGAUAUUUUCAAAACAAUGAAAAGACAAUGGAACAUUCUGAUCACUGGAUCAUGACUGGAUGGCAUGGAGAACAGUGGGAUUUUCAAAACAAUGAAAAGACAAUAGAACAUUCCGAUCACUGGAUCAUGACUGGAUGGCAUGGAGAACAGUGGUAUUUUCAAAACAAUGAAAAGACAAUGGAACAUUCUGAUCACUGGAUCAUAACUGGAUGGCAUGGAGAACAGUGGUAUUUUCAAAACAAUGAAAAGACAAUGGAACACUUUGAUCACUGGAUCAUGACUGGAUGGCAUGGAGAACAGUGGGAUUUUCAAAACAAUGAAAAGACAAUGGAACAUUCUGAUCACUGGAUCAUGACUGGAUGGCAUGGAGAACAGUGGUAUUUUCAAAACAAUAAAAAGACAAUGGAACAUUCUGAUCACUGGAUCAUGACUGGAUGGUAUGGAGAACAGUGGGAUUUUCAAAACAAUGAAACAGUCUUUACACUGGAUUUCGUGACUGGGUGGCACUAUUGCUAUGCUAAAUGUUAAGCAGUAUUAACCAUUCUCUUCAUCUGCUCUCGUGCAGGUGUUCAGCAGAUCACACAACAGAUGUUAUGUGGAGGAGAUGAUACUACAGGAGCCAGUACAUGUAUGGGGGAUAGCGGUGGUCCCUAUGUAUGCAGGAACCUUCAGGGAUACUGGGUGUUACAAGGGAUCACAAGUUGGGGAUCAAGAUCAUGUCGUGUCAGCGAGCGAUACAGCGUGUUCAGCAAGGUUUGUGUAACAUUUUUAGAACAGUGGUAACUCGUGCAGUAAGCGAGUUCUUUGAAAAUGUAGCUUAAUUAAUGACAACGGAAUUGUUUUUCCAGAUCAAAUUUUCUUAGUUUAAAUGAAUUACAGAACCAAAAAUAUGGUUCGGAUACACAGACGCUAUUAGCAUUCUAAAAACUGUCUGCAGGCAGGGUAACGACACAGAGUACGUACACACAGAGGUCUGACUUCAGGUUAAUUUAGCGUAAGGGAUUUUUUCAGUCCGCCAUGUUCUUAACAAGUGCCCUAAAGAAAGGUCGUCACCCCCCUGAAAACAUACUGAAAUUUAAUGUUCCACGGGGGUGUAUGCCUCUCUUUAGGCACUUGCUAAGAAUUCUGUAUGUAAGUACUCUGUGGUAACGACGUCGGCAGCUACAACAGAUAUUGUUGAUGAAAUUUGCUGUGUUGGUGUAAUGUACUCAGGUGAAUAAGAUAUUUGUGUGAUGUUACUCUGAGUGUAUAUCCACAUGGAUAUACACUCAGAGUAACAUCACACAAACAUGAUAUUGUUGAUAUUGUUGUUUCACAGAUUUGUUGUUGUUUAUGAUCUUCGUAUAUUUUUCUCUCUAGGUAAAUAUGUUCACAUCUUGGAUUGAAAAGGUCAUGAACGGUACGGAGGGUCCCGAGCCCACGACAGGUUCCGAUGGCAAGUCGACGAUCACAACGACAGCUAAAAGAAGGCUGGCAUUUAUGCAACGAUUCAAAGAGUGGCUUCGAAAGUUAUUUCAAUUGAAUAGGUCUGUCUAA